AUGACCACACUCCCCACCAUCGAGCCGAUUACUGAUCAGAUCCAUCCUGCGAUCGAGGACAUGCUCGAGAUGCCUGAGAUGCUUCCCAAUGACCAGCUCCCUCCGUUUGAAGGGGAUCGGGUGAUUCAGUACCGCGAGGCGCUGCGUGAAGCGAUGAGCGAAGAGAUGCGACGCGACAAGCGUGUGUUCCUGCUGGGAGAAGAGGUCGCGCAGUACAACGGCGCGUACAAGGUCUCGCAGGGGAUGCUCGACGAGUUUGGUCCUCAGCGGAUAAUCGACACGCCGAUCUCUGAGAACGGGUUUGCGGGCAUGUCCAUCGCGGCGGCGAUGAGCGGCUUGCGUCCGAUCGUGGAGUUCAUGAGCUGGUCGUUCAGCUUUGUCGCCGCGGAUCCGAUCCUGAACAACGCUCCGAAGAUGCUCUACAUGUCCGGCGGGCAGUUCGGAUGUCCGAUCGUGUUCCGCGGGAACGACGGCGCGGGUGGUCAGCUUGCAUCGACCCACUCGUGGUGCGUGGAAGCGCUGUACGCGAAUGUCCCUGGUCUGAAGAUGGCGAUCCCAUCAAAUCCGUACGACACGAAGGGCUUGUUGAAAACUGCUAUUCGCGAUCCGGAUCCGGUCUUCUUCCUUGAAUCGGAGCGCAUGCUAGGCGACAAGGCGCAUGUCCCUGAGGAGGAGUACUACAUCCCGUUCGGACAGGCGCGUCUUGCUCGCGAGGGUGAUGCGGUGACGCUGGUGAGCUUUGGUCGUCCUGUGAACUUCUGUCUGGAAGCCGCGGAGCGGUUGAGCGCUGAGGGGAUCGAGGUUGAUGUGCUCGAUAUGCGCACGAUCCGUCCGCUGGACAUCGAUUCGAUCAUCGAGCGCGUGAAGAUCACGAACAAGAUUCUUGUUGUGGAUCAGUCGUGGCCUUUCGCGUCGAUCGCGAGUGAGGUGAUCACGCAGAUCUGCGAGCGCUGCUUCGAUUGGCUCGAUUCACCUCCGGCUCGUUUGAACACCGCGGAUGUUCCGACGCCGUAUGCGAAGGGGUUGGAGUACGACUACCUUCCGAAUCCGGAUCGGAUUGUCGGAAAUGAGCUGUCCGAUGCGUACGCGCCGAUCGCGGCUGGGGGUUGGUCUUGGUUGCACCUCUCACAAACUUCACAAGAAGCAUGCGACUGGAUUCGCAAUCAAGCGGGGAUCCCCGAACCUGAGGCACAAGCACUGAUCGCGGAUCAUGCUCGGCCGCGCUGUGUGCAAACUGAGACUGGACUGCUGUUCAUAGGCCGUGGGAUCAACCUCGACGAGGGGAGUCUCCCUGAGGAUAUGAAAUCGAUCCGCGUGUGGAUCGAGCAGAAUCGGAUUGUUACUGUGGUUAAACGGCGGAUGCGAUCGGCGGAAUCGAUCGCAGAGCGGUUCUUGAGUACCGAACGACCUGACUCUCCGGCGAGUGUGCUUGUCUCGUUGUUCUCGCAAAUGACUCAAAGGAUUGCGCCAUUCGUGCAAGAGCUUGGGGAUCGACUGGACGAGAUUCAGUUCAGUGUGAUUGAUGACCGCGUCGAGUCUGCGGAUCUCCCCGAACUCAGCCCGAUCCGAUUGAGGACAGUGAGCAUGCAUCGAUACCUCGUCCCGCUCUACGACGCGGCGGUCUCGCUGUGUAAUGCAAAGCAGUUGACUGGCUCAAAGCGGGUGCUUGCACAAGCGACCUCCACUCGUGAUCAGCUCGCGCGAAUGGUGGACGAGCUCUCCGCGAUCGAAGCGAAGGCGGCGGUCACACGCGACGAGAUGGUGAGCAAAAGAUCAGAGCAGCUCAAUGAGCGUGUGUACAACCUCACAGUGCUCGCGGCGAUUUUCUUGCCUUUGACUGUGCUGACUGGAUUGCUGGGAAUGAAUGUCGGCGGGAUCCCGCUGAUGGAGAAUCAGAAUGGAUUUUUAUUGAUGAGCAUCGCGUUGGUGGUCAUCAUGACCUUUACGAUAUUGUUGCUCCGAAAGCUCCAUGACGGAGAUUCGAAAAUGGCUAUCAACAUCACCAUGCCUCGCCUCUCGGACACGAUGGAACAAGGGACGGUUGUCAAGUGGCAUGUGAAUGCCGGUGACACGGUCAACUCCGGUGAUGUCAUCGCGGACAUCGAGACGGACAAAGCGACGAUGGAACUCGAGUCCUUCGACGACGGCGUGGUCGCAUCGCUGGCAAUCGGAGAGGGCGAGAAGGUCAACGUUGGAGAAACGAUCGUGAUCCUCGCAGAAGACGGUGAGUCUGUGGAUGACGCGAUCGCUUCGGUUGGUUCAUCGGCUGACGCUGCACAGCAAGAGGGUGGUUCGGACGCUCCUGCUCCGUCAGCUACUGCGGUCGCUGAACCUCCAGCGACUCCACAAAGCGAUACGGCUGAUGCCGGUGAGCGUGUGUUUGCAUCGCCGCUGGCACGCAAGAUUGCACAAGAACACAACAUCCCGAUCGGAUCGAUCAGUGGAUCUGGGCCUUCCGGACGUAUCGUCAAGAAGGAUGUCGAACAGAUGAUUCAGAAUGGCUCAGCUGCUGGAGCUCCCGCAGCUCCGAUUUCGAUGGCAUCUCCAUCGGCAGCACCGAUGCCUGCACCACUCCCAGCACCUGGCGCGGCGCUUGAGUCGCGGAGUGUGCCGCUCAACUCGAUGCGUGAGACGAUCGCGAAGCGUCUGGUUGAAUCCAAAACCACGAUCCCCCACUACCAGGUCACGAUCUCCGCUCGUAUGGAUUCGCUGCUUGCGCUUCGCGAGGAACUCAACGGACAGCUCAGCACGCAAGGCGUCAAGCUCAGCGUCAACGACUUCCUCGUGCGUGCGUGUGCGAUCGCGAUGCAUCAGCAUCCGUUCGUGAACUCGUCGUGGAAUCCAGGGUCUGGAAAGUCAGGGCCGUCGAUUGAUCUGCACGGGCAUGUAAAUAUCGGUGUUGCGGUCUCGCUCCCAGAGGAGAAAGGCGGCGGUCUUGUUGUUGCGACGAUCAACAAUGCGGAUCAGAUCGGUCUGCGUCAGAUCUCAACAGAAACCAAGCGUCUCGCAUCCAAGGCACGCGAGAAGGGGCUGUCCCCUCAAGAACUGAGCGGAUCGACCUUUACCAUUUCGAAUCUUGGCAUGUUUGGGGUUGAUCACUUCACAGCGAUUGUGAAUCCUCCGAAUGCGGCGAUCCUUGCUGUGGGCCGAGCGAUCCAGAAGCCGUUCGUUGAAUAUGACGAGUCAGGUGAGCCGGAGUUGGUGGUUGGUCACGAGAUGUCGAUGACGAUCUCGAGCGAUCACCGGAUCAUCGACGGCGCGAUGGCGGCGGCAUAUCUGAACACUGUGAAGGAACUGCUGGAAUCCCCGGCUUCCUUGCUGGUCUGA